AUUUUUAUACGAUACCAGAUCGUGAUAGUAACUGAUGACGGGGUGGGGGAUUCGAUUUUUUUGUUUCUCAUUUUGAAUUGGAGCUUAUAUCCCUCCAUGUUGCUGGUCCCUUUCUGAACGAGCACUGGUGGUUUUCAAUUUAUACAGAUCUAUAUAGCGUCGUUUCCUCCGCCCCGAUGAACGGAUUUGAGAAGCAUAAACUGGACGAGGAUGCAUUUGGGGAGAGGCCCGGAAUUGGAUCUGGGCUGAGGACUUUCGAUGCUUUUCCUAAAACCAAACCCACAUAUACCACUUCAACUCGACGCGGCGGCCAAUGGACCAUCAUCGUCUUCGCCUUGUGCGCCUUCCUUUCCCUGAACGAGCUCCGCACCUGGUAUCGGGGUGUAGAGAACCACCACUUCAGCGUCGAGAAGGGCGUCUCGCGCGAGCUCCAGAUGAACCUAGACAUUGUCGUCGCAAUGUCGUGUGACGCGUUGCGGGUCAACGUGCAGGACGCAGCGGGCGAUCGGAUCCUCGCCUCAGACCUUCUCGACAAGCAGCCAACUAGCUGGGCGGCUUGGAAUCGUGAGCUGAAUGGGGUGACUAGUGGAGGUGGGCGCGAGUACCAGACGCUGAAUGAGGAGGAUUCGUCGCGCUUGAUGGAGCAGGAGGCAGAUGCACAUGUUGGACAUGCGCUGGGAGAGGCGAAGAGAAGCUACAAGCGCAAAUUUCCCAAAGGCCCGAAGUUGAAGAGGGGGGAGAAGGCUGACUCGUGUCGGAUAUAUGGUAGUCUGGAAGGGAAUAAGGUGCAAGGUGAUUUCCAUAUUACGGCGAGAGGCCAUGGGUAUCCUGAGUUCGGGGAACAUUUGAGUCAUGAUGCAUUCAAUUUCUCCCACAUGGUAACCGAAUUAUCCUUUGGCCCACACUACCCCUCGCUCCUUAACCCCCUCGACAAAACCAUCUCCGUCACACCAGCCCGCUUCUUCAAAUUCCAAUACUACUUGUCUGUCGUGCCAACCAUCUAUACGCGCGCUGGCAUUGUCGACCCUUACAACCACGUCCUCCCAGACCCCACAACAAUACGCCCCUCCGAGCGCGGGAGCACCAUCUUCACCAACCAGUACGCCGCCACCUCUCAGUCCCACGAAGUGCCUGAUCCGCAGUAUCAUAUCCCCGGUAUCUUUUUUAAAUACAACAUCGAGCCGAUUCUACUGGUUGUUAGUGAAGAGAGGGGCGGCCUGCUGGCGUUGCUUGUGCGACUUGUGAAUGUUUUAGCCGGCGUGGUGGUGGCUGGUGGUUGGCUGUUUCAGAUUAGUACGUGGGCGAUGGAGAAUUUGAAGAGGAGGCAAGGGAAAUCGGAAGGAGUGCUGAAUGGGAAGGUUACUGGCGAUGAGGAUGAGUGAGAGGCGAGUGCGUGUAAGGGAGAAAUGAAACUCUACGUUUUUUUUUUGGGGGGGAUUCCUAUUUCUCUAUUCACAUGGCGUGUUCCUUUUCCACACAAUGUUUUACUACAUUUUUGUAUGUCUUGGGUCUCUCGCAACAUUUCGAUUAGGUAUUAUUUCAUUUUUCAUGAUUUCCUUCCUA